AUGGAAUUAAUCGAACAAAAUAUGCGAGACAACAGCCUUCUUGGGAAAUAUUGUGCUGAACAGUUACUGUCUGGACGUACCUUAGCAAACAAAACACUUGUUGCGCUUCUAAAGGGUGCCACCUCCUUACCCGAAUGUCAACAUUAUGGUUACGUCAUGGAUAGCUUUCCCACUUAUCUUGCCUUUGAAGAACAAUUGGAACUGGUGGAAAAUUUGGCCCUUAAACCUGAUUUUAUUAUCCAAAUUGAGAUUUCAGACGAAGACCUACGCAGGAGGCUCGAGUCCCAACGCGUAGAUCCGGUAGACGGAGAAGUUUAUAACUACUACAAUUUGCAAGAUCCACCGGGUCCGCUCAUAAAGCCUCCACCACCUGCAGCACCAAGCCCCAAACCAGGAGCCAUGGCUGAGGUGGAGGAAGGACAAGCCCCAGAUCUGGAUGACAUCCUCAUGGAAGAGGGUGGAAUCGGUGAAGCUAAUAGGGAAGAGGCUGUGAAAUCAUGGCAUCCAGAGUUUCCACGACCUAAAAAAGAAGUCAUCGAGCGUCUUCUUGUCCGACCAGAGGACUCCCAACGCGAACUUGAUAAACUCUUUAAUCUUAGUAAAAGUAUAGGUCAAAAGUCACUGCAACAAUUUCUUCUCAAGUUUCCCAGAACGCAUAUUAUUAAACUCGACGGAAAUUGUCCACCAACACAGAUGUUUUAUCAGAAUCUUAUGGUGAAGGUGAGGGCCCUUUCCAUUCGACCUGCAAUUCCACCCUUUCAUCUGUUGCUCAAAUCUGAAGAUGAAGAGGGGGAGGAGGAGGAAGAGCCAGAGAAAGAGGAAGGGGACAAAUCUGCAGCCGAACCAGAGCCUGAUAAACUCGAUGAACCUCUGGGUGAGAAGGAGGUGUUUGAUGCAGAUACUGAUGCUGAUCUGGAGGUUAAGGGGGAAAGCACAGACUGGGAGGAAGUCAUCUCCUCCCUGGAGGUCUGCAAAAUGCCAACUGAGCACUCCAGAUGGCAGUUGAGCGAGUGGCAACGCUUCUGUCCCGUACAACUUUACAAUGGCAUUCUUGAAUAUGGAAAAGUGCAGUUCGCCUGUGGAUUUUUGGGCUACCUCUACUUCCUAUCCUGCCGCGCGGCUCUCCAAUCCUUCAUCCGAAAUCCACGUCCCUACCUCGACUUCCAAAUUCCGCAACCCAAAUUUACAGUGCGAAUCGCCGUGGUAGGGUUCCGGAAAUCAGGUUCUGCCACCCUCUGUCGCUUAGUGGCAGACCGUCACGGUGCCGUUUGCAUCAGCCUGACAGAAUUGCUUCGCAAAGACCUUGAUGAGCAAUUAAAGAUAACGCUGGCAAGAGUGAAGUCGGAGGUAGAGACCGCUAUGAUGGAGAAGUUGAAUAAUCAGAGGAAACGGGAAAUUGAUGAAAUAAAAACAAACAACUAUACUGACAACGCUCUCCUGCAAAUGACUACUGACACUGUAAAUACCAUAGCUGGUGAGGCAAUGGAAAAGGUCAUCAUGUCAAAGACAGGAGAGGAUGAAACAGACGGUUUGAAAGAGGUAAUCACCUCUGAACAUCCUCAAGUUGUUGAAGCGGUGACUAGAGCUUUGCGAUUCGUCAAAGCCCAACCCAAUUACCUCGAGCCCAAGCGCUACGUGGAUGCCCUGGUUGGGGAGUUGGCAAGACUGGAUCGUGAAAAUCAGAACGUCACGCCAUCCAAACGAAAGCCACUUAGCUGGGUGAUUGAAGGUCUGCCUCCAUUGGAAGAAGUAUGGCAAGAAUUAAAAAAGCGCUCCCGAUUAGUUGCCAAAGAAGUUAAAUACGUGCGUCAAGCCUUUGAGACUGUCUAUAAACUUGAACGUGCAAUGCAUCGACUCGAGACUAACAAAACAGCCAUGGAAGAGGAGGAGGAGGAGGAGGAAGAAGAAGAGGAGACAGCUGGAAAGGAAGAAGCCAUGAUGGAAGGCGAGGCGGGUGGUACUGGUGGAGACAAAGAGGUGAUAAAGAAAUCUCCCAAACCUGACGAAUCAGCCAACCCCUAUGCAAAAAAACUGGAUCCUCGUCUAGUGAAAGCUCGGGAGGUGGCUGAUGAAGCAGCUGCCAGAGUUAUUCCCUUGGAUCCCAUGCCUCCGUACGUGUUCAAGUUGAGCGACGCCCUACCAGAUUACGCACUCAUGAUUCAUCGUCUCUAUGCAGUUGGAUUUGGACCACUAGAAGAUCUGCCAGCAUUGGCUAAAGCUGAAGGCAUGGACGAGAGUGCCAUAGAACCCAUGGUCGCUACAGGAGUCUCGGAAAAAGAAGCCAGUAGAGGAAGGAGUGAUGCGAUUCAUGAUGAAGACGAUGCAGUUACAGAGCCUCCUGAGGAUCCACCAACCUCGGGUCAAAUCUAUCAUCCAAUGCCUCAACCUGGUCCAGAAGUGGACUGUGUACGAGAUCAAUUGGUACAAUUUGACAAAGCCUGGGAGGCAUCAAGACUAAAUUUGACGGGCUCAAUUACGGCACAUGGGUUCCCUGUACAAGUGCAGGACUUGCACAUUCAUAAGGACAAGACAUUAGACAGUCUCCUGUUGGAGGUAAACAACAAAUUCGGAAAGCUAUUUACAUUCACGGCAAAGGAGUCCUCACAGGAGAUGCUAGACGAGGAGGCCGAGGCUGAAAUAGAAGGAUUUGCGGAGACUGGUGGUUUGGAGGACAAUCCGACACUCAAAGCAUCUGAAGACGAAGAAGAAGAAAUGGAGGAAGGAGAGGGAGGCGGAGAGGCAGAGGAAGGCGACGAGGAAGUAGAGGAAGCUGCAGCUGAAAAUGAAGAGGAGGUAGAAGAAGAAAUGGAAGCAGAGGAGGAUAUCACCAGAAGUCCAAAUCGAAAAUUUGGUCAAACAAGUUACUUUUGUCCAGUGGCUUAUCAUGAUUAUCGCAUUCUAAAACCCGGUGAUCCCGAUCUUGUGGCCACCUAUAAGGGUCUCAUUUAUUACCUCGGUAAUGAGAGUGACAUGGCCAAAUUUAUGGCCACCCCAGAGAAUCUAGAAGAGGCUGUCACCAAAGCAUUGCAGCGGUUGGAAAAUCCUAACGCACCAAACGAAGAGGAAGCGGCCACAGCUCCUCCCUUCUCAACUGAGGUUACAGGUGAAGGUGAAACACUUUCUCCAGACGACAAUCUUACUCCUCACGAACUUGCAAUUCGUGAGUACUUAGAAAAUGAUGAGGCGCUUCCAGAGACCUCUUUGAAUCUCCUGUUGCCACAACUGUGGCAUGAGGAACCCUAUCGCUCCAAGGGCUUCAUUCUGGAGGGAUUUCCUCGAUCUGCUGACGAUGUAACCUAUAUGCUAGAGGCAAAUUUGUUUGUUGAUUUUGCACUAGUCCUUAGUGCGGAAGCGAGUGAUCUACUGCCUCGUCUGCUGCCUGUACGAAUUGCCAAGUGGAAGGUGAGGAGGGCAAAACUGGAGGCCAAUCGCAAGAUUGUCACCGACUGGAAGACGCAAAAGCGGAGACGUAUUAGGGAGGAGCGACGAAAAGCGAUAAUCCAGAGUCUCAAUGAGAAACGUAUGACUAGAUAUCCUCUCGCGCUAAGCUAA